CGCUCAGUAUUUUCCGUGAUGUUUGCCGCCACAACACCUGGCUCCAUAAUGACAGCCGAGUCCUCCUCUCACCAACUGGUGGGGUACGUCACUAAGAUGUACCCUACAUUCGGAUAUAUUAAUAACGAAAUUUUUUUCCAGAGAAAGUGUGUAAUUGGUCCUAUGGUUGAGGUAGGAGAUAAUGUUGCUGCAAGCGCAGUUUAUCAACCUCACAUGCCUAUAAAGUGGAGUGCCGAAAAAGUCUGGCGGGUUGAGGAACGUCGCGGCAAAUCUAGAGACAAAGCAGAAGAAAGCAGCUACUGGAAGAGCCAGUCCCCGCGUAAACACUCUCCUCGUGAUAACUACACUAAACCAGCAUCACGUGAACGAGAUGUUCAUCCAUCCAGCGGCGAUCAGCGACGAGUAGAUAAGAAGCGUUCUCAUGUCCUCAACAGAGAUGACCACUCAAUCAAGAAAUCUCCGAAUCGUGAUCGAAGAAGAACUCCUGUGGAUUCUGUUUCAACGCGACACUCCUCUCCCACAACUGACUUGUAUUGUAGGACUCCGAUCAACCCCAAACGUAUGCUGAAUGUGAAAGAGUACUUGUUCUCAGACCUACAAAGACGCUUCCCUAAUGUUCUCCCACCAGUUGACUUGUAUCGAGUUAGAUGCAAUUGGCAAGAAUCAUUCCCAUUACUGCGACCUUUUCAGCCUCAAUACCUUACAACUUUCCAGAUAAUUAAAGAACCUGAAGACGCUUGUGACGAUGUGCAUCAUUCUUACAACAAUGAUAGUGGUUUUGCUGCGUAUGUCUUACUUUUGUCACUCCCGGCAAUGGCAGAACUAAUGGAGAAGAUAGUUGUCCGGGCAGAGUCGCCUAGUCGUGUACGCGGCUCACUACGUAAGUACAUCAAGAUACUAGCUGCUGGAAAGGUUGAUGAAAGACUCAAGGCUAUUGGAGGUUCGUGGAGUCGUGAUUUAGAUGGGCCAGACCCAGCUACAAAUCCUCAAACUCUUGUCAACACGGCUAUUCGUAAUUGUAAACAACUUAUUGGUCUCGAUUUAUCGUAUUGCACACAGUGGCACCGUUUCCUGGAGUUCCGCUAUAGUCGUACUGAAGGUUCAACUGCCCAACCAACCUCAGUCUUAUUUCCUGGCUCUCAACUUUGGGGUCGACCCGUCACAGAAUCUCCUGAAUCUGAUAUGAUUCCUCCAAGCAAACCAUUUCAUCAAAUUGUCGUAUAUUUUAUUCCAAAUGUUUGGUCACUCAUGCCUACAGACGAAGAAUGGUCGACUGUAAAGCUGGCUUAUGAAAAUAUCUUGGCUUCAAAAGAACCUAACGUAUUUCCAAUGACUCCUUCCAACUUGAAGAAGUUUUCUGGUUUAGAAUCUGCUUUUAAGGGAACUGGUGACGGGAAAUUUAAUGUGGCGAUUGAACUGGAUUCAAAUUCACUGAAAUCACCUACUCAAGACAAUGCAUAUGAAGAUUCCAAUGUGUCUAAAAUGGAUGAAGGCAACAAGUCAACCCUUCAAGCGCCUGUUGAAUUCCAUCGCUCUACCCCGUAUUUGGCUGGUCAGGAAACUGUUCCAAAAAUAGCAAUUAUCUCCGAGACAGAGGAUGGGUCCGAAUCUGUGGAUUUAGCAGCUCAAGGAAAUCCAAAUCAGGAGGGAACUGAUAAAUGCCAGAAAAAGCUUCAUACUGAACUUAACUUAGCUAGCAUGAAGGUUUCCGAACUGCGUGAACAGUUAAAAGCUCGUAAUUUGCCUACUGAGGGAGUAAGAGCUCAGUUGUUGACUCGUCUCAAAACGGCAAUCCAAGAAGAAGAAGAAAAGGAGUCGGCUAAGAAGGCUGAAAAAGAAAAAAUGGAGCAGGAAAAAACAUUACAGUCUGUGACCAUUGAUAAGUCACCCCAGGUUUCAGAAGAACAAAUAAAACCUUCAAAUACGGAGUCUGGAUCUAAACCAUGGACGGAUGCACCUAAGUUGACUCUCCGUGAUCUCCCUUCAAUAAUAAUCUUACGCAAGAAAACUGUCGACUUCACCGUACAGUCAGUUGGGCUUGAUGUUGUCAUGGAUUCAAAAUCUGAUUUUAUGGACUGUAGAUCAUAUGAAUUCAUGUUUUGCAUCCACACAAUCUUUGACAUGCUUCGCAGAGAUUCCGUAUUCACUUUAUUUCGUGCCCUUGUUACGGCUGCAGAUAGAGGAAUUUGCGCAAAACCUAGGAAACGCAGUGAACCAGAUUAUGUAGCUAAACGUGCUCGUUUAGAGCGUAAUGAAAGGACAUCUCUGGCAAAAGACGAGGAAUUUAAGGAAACUCCAUUGUAUACGACCGAUCUACCAUUGCUUUUUGCAUGCACAGUACUGGAUACAAGCUAUAAGAGUUAUUUCCUCUCGUCGGAGGUCGAGGACUUCAUUCUUUCACUAGGCUUGCCUAUCUCUCGAUAUCAGCUUCGAUCUCUCAUAUACAAAGUUCUUGAUCAUGGUCGUUUCCACUACCGUUCCUUGACGGAUUCAGAAGAACCUCUUUCUUUAGCGAAUAAAUCAUCUGUUAUAUUCUCCGAUAUAGACGAUGAUGAAUAUUUACUGGAACUUGUACGUGGAGGUGAUGCUAUUUUAGACGACCAAAUAGAUGCGCAACCUAGCGGAAGCAUCGUUGUACUUCAAAAGUCUGGCGAAUCAUUUAAUUCUCAGGCUAUCCAUCCCGAGGAAUAUCUCGGUCAUAUAAGAACGUCAGAACGCGAACACUCCAAACUGAUGACUCAAAUCCGACUUCAAGAACAGGAAAUUGCCCGUCUACGUGAAUCUGUUGCGGACUUCUCGGAACUGAAAGAUAAGUUGUCGAGAACUUCUUCAAGUAUGGAGGACUAUCGAAGACGAUAUAGGGAUGAACGGGACAAAGUUGACUCUCUAGCUCGUGUUUUGGAACAACAGGCAUCUGUUCUUGAUGCCUGUCGAUCGGCACUUCGACAAGCAUCCAGUCGUUUUUAUAUUCGUCACUCGGUUAAUGAGUCAUCUAAACAACUCAAGCGUUCAUUGUCACCUUGUUCAGUAUCUAGUAACAAGGAAUCUGUCAAGUCUACAAAGAAACUUAAUACUUCAGAUUCAUUUAAAAACGAUCUGUCAUUAUCUGAUUCGCUGAACGUAAGAUUUUUUCUUUUUAGACUUCUUCACAUUUUUGCAAAUUUAUUCAAUUAAUUUAUUUCACUACAGGAAGGAAAUGUUCCUAAAGUUGCGGAAAUUGAUUCUGCUACAGUCAAGAAUGUGUGUGAACAAACUACUAUGGUUUCAAACGUCAGUUCCGAUGUUUCAGAAUAUGUAAGUGUGUAAAUAAAAGCUACAUUGGUCCUCUUCUUAACCGUCUUAAUCCCAUUACUACUGUUUCAUCUUUGUAUCGAUCAUCGGCUUAUGAUUCUAAAUAUAUUUUACCAUGUUGCACUGGUCAUAGUGUUACCUACAGUCGUCGUGUUUUAUGAAAGUACCUGAAACUUGAAUUUUAAUGUGCAUAAGAGUCGGUGUUUUCUAUAAGUAUGCAGCGCUACUGAUAUUCUCAGUAGGUUGUUCUUUCUCGUUACUUAGCCCUUAUAAACUAUUUAUCGUAACCAAUCUACAUAAUUUAUUUUCGAUUUCUAUCAUCCGAGUUUUUGAACUUUAGUAACUUUCAGUGACCGAAUAAAAUAAUUAUCAAAUGUUAUAUUUGUAAGAUCAACAUUCUCAGGCUAUAUACACUGUCUUAGCGGAAAAAAGCAAGUCUUUCAAAUUUCCUGAGUGUGAACGUCACCUGUAUGACCACUAUUCGUCAAAAUAUGUAUGACGCACGGCUGUUCGAAUUAAGGUCUUGGUGAUUUUUGGUUUCGUUUUAAUAAAAGCUGACUUUAUCGAUGCAAGUAGCUCAGUAAUUUAGAAAUAACAGUCAGUCAAACAUCUUAAUCUUGAAUUGCACAUGGCUUCUAAAGAAUUUCUCACUUAUUUAUUUUUACUGUGUAGAUCUGUCUGAUCGGUUCGUGCAGUCUUACCAUUUUGUUCGCUUUCUAUAACGAACUGGUUUUCGGUGCUUUUUUUUUAAUCUAGUAAUUUCCAUAUAAUUUUAUUAUAGAUUAUGAAUGGAUUAAAAACAGAAGAAGUUUUGGUUCCAUGCAACGCCAACGAGAAUGCUUCAACAGCUGUUGAUCAAAAAUGUUCCAUUGUCCCUACAGGAAUAGAACCCCAAAUUACUUUAAGUUCAAGUGAAUGAAACUGAAUACGCCGCUUGUGAAUCCGUUUGGUGAUUAUUAGCUAUCCGUGCUACUGUUCAUUAAAAAUAAACACACGAAAGCUUGGUUUUUAUUUUCAAAACUAAUUAAAAUAUACAUUUGUCUUGUUUUGCUGGUUUGUUUUAAUCCCGGACACAUAAAUCCCUAGUGUUGUUAUCGAGCAUAGAAAAAGAGAUACUAGUCAAUAUUCGAAUUAAUACGGAAGAAAAAACUAU